AUUUACGAGCGUGACUUAUGUCAGUUAUUAGAACAUGUUUUUUAUGGCUAUCAUGCUAUCGUAAAUAAGCGAUUUGUGACCAAAUAAUUGUACUAUUCGUGAAUAAUCAUGAUUUGGCACAGUUAAAAAACAGAUCUGCUGUCCACAUUCAAACUAAACUGCUAAAUAAACAUGGCUAAACAAACUAAAUCAGGAUUUGUUAUUAAACUUUCUUGCGAAACUGUGCAGAAGUUAGCAGAAGAGGAUCAGCAAGCUAAAAGCAAGGAAUCUGCUAGUAGUGACGUCCCAGAGCCAGAGCCAGGAGAAAAAAAUGAGGCUGAAGAUUGUGAAAUGAAAAGUGAUUCAACUUGCAUUCAAAAUGCACUUGCAGAGGUCAGAACCGAGGUAAACGAUGACGAAAAAUCGAAAUCUCUACUUCCUAAAAAACUAACGAUCAAUUCUAAAGAGAAGGCGAAUAUUGUUACUACUGAAAAUAAAAGGAAGUUAGGCGAUGAAUCCAAUCCAGAGUCCACAAAUGCAUGGGGAGAUUAUGCUCCUUUCGUUACUUAUGAAGGUGAUCAAGCUAUUUAUACUGACCCAUCUACACAGCAAAAGUAUUCUUGGAAUAAAGAGAAUAAUUCUUGGGACCCAAUGGCUAGCCAAACUGGAGUUCCCGGCAGAGAAUACAGCUAUGAAGAUGACACCCAUGUAUACACAGAACCAGAUGGUUCAAAAUUUUUCUGGGAUAUGGAAAAAAAGGCUUGGAUACCUAAAGUUGAUGAUGACUUUCUGGCUUUUUAUCAAAUGUCUUAUGGAUUUGUUGAUAACACUUCCAACGAAUUGGAUAAGAAAGAAGAUGACAAGAAGCAAGAUGGAAGAAAAAAAGAGGUUCAGAAACACACUGUAGAUCCUGUGACUGGAGUCAAGAGAAAAAAUGAGCCACAAUGGUUUGAGCCAUCUGAUGACACUAACACUAAAGUGUAUGUUUCUAAUCUACCUCUUGAUUUAACUGAAGAGGAGUUUGUAAACUUUAUGCAAAAAUGUGGUCUGGUGGAGCGGGAUCCAAGUACACAGAAGAUGAAAGUAAAACUUUAUAUGGAUAAAGAAUAUAAUUGUUUCAAAGGAGAUGCUCUAUGCACUUAUAUCAAGAUUGAGUCUGUUGAUUUAGCUUUAAAAUUACUAGAUGGAAGUGAUUUGAAAGGCAACAAAAUUAAAGUUGAAAGAGCACAUUUCCAAUUAAAAGGGGAAUACAAUCCUGCUCUUAAACCUAAGAAGAAAAAGAAAAAAGAGUUAGAGAAGUUAAAGAAAAUGCAACAAAAGCUAUUUGAUUGGCGACCAGAGAAAUUCCUUGGUGAGAGAUCCAAGCAUGAGAGGGUUGUUAUUGUCAAAAAUUUGUUCCAUCCUUCUGACUUUGAUAAGGAGGUUCAAUUGAUCUUAGACUACCAACAAGAUUUAAGGGAAGAAUGUUCUAAAGCUGGCGAGGUCAGGAAAGUUGUUAUAUAUGAUAGGCAUCCAGAGGGUGUAGCUCAAAUUACAAUGAAGGAGCCCGAGAUGGCAGAUGCUGUUAUACAGCUCAUCAAUGGAAGGUGGUUUGGUAAAAAGCAAAUAACAGCUGAGAUAUGGGAUGGCAAGACAAAAUAUAAAAUUGCUGAAACUGAUGCAGAUAUUAAUCAGAGGAUAGACAAAUGGGGCAAAUUUUUGGAAGGGAAAGAAGACGAAGCAUCUAAAGAAAAACAAGCAACAGAAAAAAAUUUCAAAUCUGGUACAAGUGCUGAAAACAUUAAUUCUAAAACUGAAGAAGUUCAAGUUUCUAGUGAAACAAUAGUACAAAAUGUAUGAAUAAUUGUGGGUUUUACUGAUAUUUCAAGUAUAAAAUGUUUCAAAUAAAGGAAAAAUGCAUUGCACUAUUAUA